CGGGACCCACAAGGUGGCUAGUACUCCGAGUAAAGGGCCGUCAGCUCUCUUCAAUGGGGCCAAUCAGAGGUUCAUUCAGUAAGGUAUUCCGCCGAGACGGCCGACUGGUUAGAGCUUUCUGGCGUACCCAAGUUGCCCAGCCUCAGGACUGACCUAGAACGGACUUACGCCAUUGUACCCCAUGCACGGGCAAUAUCCGCGUGCAUAGACGCCACCCCGGUCUCAUCUUCGGUCUCUAUUUGUUGGACCUCAAGGGCUGCCAAUUCAGUAAAUCUUGGUAUAAAAGGUGGCUCAGUCGAAUCCAAGUCCCACAUCCCAAUUCGCAUCUUCCCCUGCUUCCUCUUCUUCCACGCUUAACGGCUCGAAGACCCAUAACAGCACAAAGAUGUCCUCCGACGCGCCUCUCCUCCACCUUAGCUUCGAGCGCAAGCCCCUCCUUGCUCCUGGGCAGAAUGCACCUCAUGUUCUCGUCAUCGGUGGUGGCAUCAUAGGCUUGUCGACCGCCUGGACACUGCUCGACAGCGGCUUCAAGGUCACGGUGCUCGCGCAGCAGUUCGCCUCGCGUGAUGGCAAUACGCCGCGUCUCACGUCCCAAAUCGCCGGUGCCCUCUGGGAAUAUCCACCCGCCGUGUGUGGGCAUACGUCGGACGUGACAUCCCUCGAAAUCUCGAAGCGCUGGGCCAUGAUCUCGUACCACGUCUACAAGCACAUGGCCGCCGACCCUGUCCUUCGGCGCGAGUACAGUGCCCAGAUGCGCGAGACGGUCUUCAUCUUCGACAGGCACGUCAAGAACGACGUCGAGCAGCUGCGCAAAAUGCGCGAGAUCGAGCGUAGCGGCAUCGCGGGGUUCCGGCACGACACAAAAGUGAUCCACGAGCUGGGGCUGGACAAGGAAAGGUGGCUGGACGCUUACGAAAUUCUCUCGCCUCUCGUCGACACCGACAAGGCCCUUGUAACCAUCCAGAAGCUCGUCGAGGCCAAGGGCGCGAAGUUGGUCACCGAGACGGUGACGAAGGAUCUGCUGGAGGUGGAAGGAGAUCUGCUGGCGAGGUACUCCGCCGAUGCGAUCGUCAACGCCUCUGGUAUCGGCGCCUCCGUUCUCGCGAACGACAGCAACGUCUACCCGCUUCGCGGCGCUGUUGUGCGCCUUCUCAACGACGGCCAGGAAUUCGAGAAAAUCAAGAAGGCUCUCGUCGUCAGCGCCGUCGACAUUCCCUCCGACAAAAAAUCGGAAUUCAUCUUCAUCGUCCCGCGUAACGAGAAUAUUCUCUACGUCGGCGGCUUCUCUGAGCCCAAUCAGACCGCACUCGUUGACGAGGAGCACGAGAACGUCAAGAAGAUGACGCGCGACGCGAAGGAGUUCUACGCCCCCCUCGACACCGACCACCGCGACCCGUCGUACCCGCUUGCCCAGGGCUUGCGUCCUGCGCGCAUCGGGGAUGUGCGCGUCGAGCGCGAGCUGCGCCGCGUGCCGGGCAGGGAGGGCCACAGUCGGAUCGUGCACAGCUACGGGCACGCGGGCGCGGGCUGGUCGCUCGCGUUCGGGAGCGCGCUCGAGGCGAAGACGCUCGUGGAGGACGUGUUGGAUGGGCUGCCGCCAACAUCGAUGAAGGAGGCGGCGCCGAGUGCGAUCUCGUACGCUCAGGUGCGCGAUCAGCUGGAGAACGAGGAUGGACAUGUGGGCCAGACGGCACGGCUGACUCCUCCCGGCGGUAGGCCCGAGCUACUUGUCGAGAACUGAAUGCACGAUCCUGUCAUUGAAUCGACUUGUAUUAUCUUGUAAACUCAACGAUACUUAUCUUGUGAAUUCAACGAUAGUGAUGCUUCCUUCGGCC